AUGCCUCCAUUUAGAGAUGAGCAUGUGCUCAUCAUUGCGCCCGGCUCGCAAAUCACCGCCGCGCAACUUGGGCUGCCCGAGUCUUUCACGCCCCCGAAAUAUCGCUUCCCGACGCGCAUGUUCCCAGGCGCGAACCCUGGAGAAUGGGAACCUGUGAAAAUCAGAACGAAGAUCACAACGAAGCCAAAAGUCGUCGAGCCCGAGCCCGCGGCCGAGCUCGCUCCUGUGCCUGCGAAGCCGGAACCGAUCGACCUCGAUGCCCUACCAGAGGUUCCUCUCGCGGAUGCUGACGAGCAGAAGACCGAACAAGCAAAUGUCGAGCAAAUAAAUGGCGAACAGGUCAAGUCCGAGGAGAAAACAGAUGGCGAAACUCAGAAAACAGAGCAGCCAAAUGGAGAAGCACAACCCAAACUGGAAGAAUCCGCCGACGAGCAACCCAAAGUCGAAGAGUCGAAAGAUGAGCCUGCCCCAUCGGCAGAUGUUGAGAUGAAAGAGGCCCCGCCGGCCGAAGAAACCUCGAAAGAAGAACCAUCGAAGCCCGAGACCCAGGAUACUGAAAUGGUUCCGCCGCCGGAGCAGGAGACCCAACCGUCCCCCCAACCAGAAGGAGAAGCUGCUGCCGACGUCGAAGAGGAAACCAUAGAAACCUUUGAGGAUGACCACUGGUCCACCGAAGGUGCUGUCUACCCGAUCAAAGAAGGGCACAUUGAGAAUUGGUCUUGUUUUUUCGCCCUCCUUUCGCACAUUUACAAUAUGAUCUCACCGCCCUUCCAUAUGCCGGUGCUCUUCGUCGCACAGCCCUGUUGGAGCGAGAGAGAUCACGAAAUGAUUACCCAAUAUGUCUUUGAAAAUUGGAAGAUCCCAGCCUUCUGUCUCAUGGAUUCGGCGUUAACGGCUUGCUAUGCAUAUGGUGUGCCGACAGCGUUGGUGUUGGAUGUCGGGCACGAGAAAUGCGAUGUUAGUGCGGUCACGGAGUUUCAAGUCAAUGAGAUCGGAAGGGGCAUCGCACUUUCCGGCUGUGGUGGACGCGCGAUGACACUGCGGCUGCAGCAGGUGUUAGAGAGUCAGGGGUUCGACGAAGAUAUGGCUGAGCAACUGAAGAAGAGCCCAAUUUGCGAGAUUCUGCCCGCUGGCACUCCCUAUCCCAAGUCGAACUCCAACAGCACAGCUGUGCCUGCGCCCAAUCCAGCAGCCGCAGCAUCAACAGGGGCGUUGGACUCUGGGAUGAAUGCGAAGGAUGGUGAGGGACUGAGACCGGGCCAGGCACCUCGAGGCCCAGGGACGGGAACCGUAGUGGGUGAAGAAGGUCCCAAUGGUGACGAGGAGGAGAAUGAAGGUGUUCUUGACGUCGCGGCCAUCGUUGCGCGUGACAAUGCCGCCGAGGUGCUCGCGAAGCGUGAACGGGAAAAGGCUGAAAAGGCCGCUGCGAAGAAAGCUGGCGCGGCCGAAGCUGCCAGGCAAGUCCGACUGCGCAAUUCGGAACGAGAACGAGCAAGUUUUACGUAUGUGGACUUCAUCCCCGUCGAGGAGUCUGUGGAUGGCGGUCCGCCCUUGAGUCGAAAACGAAAGCGAGAGAUUGAAGUUGGCGUGGAACGAUUCAUGGCGGCGACUCCCCCGCCAGGAGCAUGUGAGGGAAUCAUCGACAUCAUCGCAGAGGCAAUCCAUCAUACCAUUCUGAGCGUUCCCGAUGUUCCCCAGCGGGCGACUCUGUGGGACAAUAUGAUUAUCCUGGGUAAUGGAAGUCGAAUCAGAGGCUUCACGUCGCACCUCUUAUCCGUGCUCAAUUCACGAUAUAUCUUGUCUCCAUCGACCGCCACGAUAUUCACGUCCGAGCUGCCUUCCAACUUCACGACUCCCGUCGCCACGCCGGGCACCAACACACCGAUUCCUGGCCAGGGGAACCACCCCUUCCACCACCCGGGAGGCCACGGCGUCAACCCUUUGCUGGUUGCCGCGACCAAGAACAUGAUGCAGCCCAACACGCAGUCGCACCACCUUCAAGUUCCCGGCAUGAACCCGUCUCUGGGAGGGAUGCCGACAGCUCUGGGCGCGUCCGAUCCCAACAAUCCCAUGUCGACGCUGUCCCACCAACACCGAGGGUUCUCGCAAUGCCCCAUCUCCAUCAAACUCGUCAAGCCGCCCGAAUAUUUCCCCGAGUGGAAGAUCCCAUCCAUGUCGGGCAUGGAAGAGGCUGGGUUCCUGGGGGCUCAAGUGGCGGCCAAAGUCAUCUUUAUUGUGGACCAGGGAAAUAGCAAGGGCUUCUUGAGCCGGAGCGAGUACAACGAACUGGGCCCCAGUGGGAUCCACGAUUGCGCCAUGUAG